GCAGCAGCUGGGAGAGAAGGAGACAGACUGCGUAAAGAGAGAGGAAGAGAGAGACAGAGAGAGUAGAGGAGAGGAGAGAGAGUUUCCCUGCAUAUCAAUGGAGGUUGUGUCUGCAGCAGAGGAGGAGAUCUGACGGAGAGAAAUCUGAUUCAAACAUGGCUAAAAACCAAGAAGUGGAGCGCAUCGCUAAAAAGCUGGAUAAAAUGGUGCACAAGAAGAACACGGACGGCGCUCUCGACCUGCUGAGGGAGUUGAAGAACAUCAAGAUGUCUCUGGAGACUCUGCAGUCCACCAGAGUGGGAAUGUCUGUGAACGCUGUGAGGAAACAAAGCUCAGAAGAUGAAGUUCAGACUCUGGCCAAAGCUCUCAUCAAGUCCUGGAAGAAACUACUGGACGGUUCAGAAGGGAAGGCGGAGGAGAAAGAGAAGAAGAAGAAGGAGGAGGGGGGCUCUCCUGUGAGGUCAUCGUCUACCUCCAAGGACUCCUGCAGCAGUGAGAAAAGCAGUCAGGGGUCUGUGGAUCCUCCCAUCACCCCGACCUCACCCAGCACCCACAGCCUCCCCUCUAUGGUCACCUCCUUCCCCCCCGCCCCCGUCACCACCGACAGCGUCAGGAACAAAUGUCGACAGCUGCUGGUGGCGGCGCUGCAGACUGACGAUGAUCACAAGACCAUUGGAGUGGACUGUGAUCACCUUGCAGCACAAAUCGAGGAUCAGAUCUACCAGGAGUUUAAAUCUACAGAUAUGAAAUAUAAAAGCCGUCUACGAAGUCGCAUCUCCAACCUGAAGGAUCAGAAGAAUCCCGACCUGAGGCGUAACGUCCUGUGUGGAAACAUCUUGCCUCAACGCAUCGCCAGCAUGACUUCUGAGGAGAUGGCGAGUGCAGAGCUGAAGCAGAUGAGAGAGACUCUGACCAAAGAGUCCAUCAAAGAGCAUCAGCUGUCGAGGGUCGGAGGAACGGAGACGGACAUGUUCAUCUGCAGCAAGUGUCACGGAAAGAACUGCUCAUACACACAAGUGCAAAUUCGCAGUGCUGAUGAGCCCAUGACCACCUUUGUGUUGUGUAACGGCUGUGGCAACCGAUGGAAGAAACAUGGUGGACUCCGUGGAAGAGGACCUGCUCCCUCUGUAGAUAUAAAAGGCUCAAUCUAAGGUAAACACUCUUAUUGUCAUGGGAUUACACACUGUUUAUACAUAGUUCUGCACAGUCUGCUUUGAUGGAGCCCACUUAACUUUACACACUGUACCUUUAAGUUAUAUUUAGGAG